AUGUAUUCUAUCAUACUCUGUGAGACAGGUGGCUCAAAAUCGAAGAGAUGGAGAGCACAAGAAACAACGGAUGCAGGAGACCCUCAAAAGGCGGGUGACGGCGGGGACCUGACCCGCGUCCCACAGCGUCGUCCCAUAGUUGUAGACCCGGCCAAACAGGUCUGUAAACGCCCCCGUAGAGAAAUGUUCGGUCGUCUAGUGCCGGUUUUACCUGCUCACCCGUUAAAUUGUUGUUCUUUGAGACUUGCCAGUUGGCUAAAGUUUUUUGCCGUUUUCGGUCCCAUUGGUUUUGGUCUUCUCGCCUUUCACUGAGUCCCUUUUCCUCGUUGUACCUGUACGUCUCUUCGUCGUGCGUGAGGUUAGACACGCUGCCUUGUCCUUCCGCACCCUACGACCUAUAGCAGUCUCUGUAAUGAUCGGACCUUGAUCCGCAGAAAGUAAGUCCGUAGAAGAUAGGCGGCAGCGUUUUCGUGAAGCAUGGCCUUGCAGGGGGUUUCUGGAAAGUGUUAACGAAAGUCUAGCCACUGGGACAAUAGGCGUGUUUUGUCCGUGUCUUUCCCAGGGGAUGGAAUUGCUACUCUUCACACAAUAGGCUAACGGCAAACGUGGGAAGAAAUGAAUGGUGUUCUACGUGUUGUGCCGGUCUUGAAUCCCGAGACAGGGGGGCUACAAAAACAGUGAGGAGCGGCUAACAGAGGAAGCUUGCACGGUGGAACGAAGCUUCACCAAACCGUCGGGGAAACCAGGGAAACGGCGAACAAGAGUUUGCUAGAUUCAUCUUCUAAUAUCAGUGUGCCUGAUUCCGCUUUUCGAUUUACUUUCUCUUAUGCUAGUUGUUGUUCGUCUUGCUCACCGUUCUUUGUGGAGGCCUCAUGCGCGCGUCUGUUUCAUUCUGUGUUUUUAGCAUUGCGCGUCUAUGUAGCUGCCGAAGCUCUCUGAUUUCUCCUUGUUUUUUCCUUGUCUUUUAAUCUCCCCCCCUCGUUUUCAGCUGGUGAGUUCGCUCGGAGUGAAGACUGCACAUGCGUGCACUUUCAUCGCUGUUAAGCCUCAUCUGGCAAGAUGGAUAGCACAGGCUGUUUCAGCGUAUAUUGGAAUCCGAUUCGUGGAUUCUGUACACGCUAACACUACGAAGGAGAGUACCAAAGUGCAAUGCCAUGAUGUUUGUACAGCUUGUAUAAAGAGGUGACUCUUGAGAAGCCCAACGGGUAUGUGUGUCUUCUCUAGAAUCUUCAGUCUGUAUCGUCACUCAUGUGUAUUGUCCAAUAAACACGGAGCAGACCGUAAGAAAAAAAAAACCAUAUUCAGCAACUAUCGCUCCGGUAGAGAAUACGACGCGCAAUUCCAGAGAGCGUUUUUAAUUUGUAAACUCUGAUAAUUGUAUAUACAUAUAUAUAAAGAGGAGGUGGAAGGUGACGGUAGUGAAACCUGUUCUAUCUAUUUCUUCGCCCUUUGUACUGUUAAUCUAGGAGGUAUGUUAUGCCACUGGAUUCGUUGUCAUAUGCUCGCAAUUUGUGUAGAGGCACAGUGAAGCGCGCAUGAAGCACGGGUACACCGAUAUGUUGGUAUUCUUAUCCUUUUGUUAUGGAAUUGUGUCCUCCGUGCAUAGGCAGGCAACAGUAAUUCGUGGCGCGUCUAUGUGUGUAUACAUGUAGGAGCAACUACUCCUGCACGCGCACUUGCAACCACACGUAUGUUCCUGCUGUGCAUGCGUCCUUUCGUGGGCGCGUAGGUACAUACGUUGAAGAGUCUGCCAAGUGCCGCACACACCAAGAAACAGUCACGCUCUCCAAGAAUCAUGUGUUGCCGUUGUUGUGUUUUCAUUCCUGGUGACGAUCCCUCGUUUCCAGCAAGUAAGGUCGCGCAAGAAAUUAUUUUCGGUGAGGUUCACCCUUAUUUUUUUCUGCGACGGUUAGCUGCUUACACGACUCAGUGGAAGCUGUGCACUGCCAGUGGUUCUGUCCCGAUUCAACGGGCUUUUGCUUUUUCCACCUAACCCCGGAAAAAAAUAUCACUGUGCCAGAGGAGAGUGUUUGAAACGCAACAGAUAAUAAACUGUGCUCGUGGGUACAAGUGGCAGUGCCGUCGAUCGUAUGGUGAAAGUGUUGUAUGAGUCAAAUGUACUGCAGGACGUUUAUUGCCACGGGCAAUCGUUCGACUGACUUUUGGUGGUUGCAACCGUCGUUUUGUCACCAGUGUCAUGUCUCUGUUGCUUGCUUCGUUCUUCUGUCGCUCGUCCCCAGCUGGUAAGUACCGUUCGUUUCCUGCGGCUCUAUUUCGUCUUUGGUCAAUAGUUUCACGGUAGCACCCGAAGUCUCGUUUGUCCUGUUUGGGGAGGCUGGAAAAAAAGGAGCAGGACGUCUAGAAACGGUGGCGUCUCACGAGGCCAUUCACUCGUGACAGGGAGGGCAGAGAAAGACAUGUUUGAGAACAGAAAGCAAGCACCCCGGGAGGAUCCGGUUCCUCCACGUGACUCACAGGAAACCGCGAGAUGUUGUGCGAGCCUUCUCUCUCAGAGUUUCCCGUUUCCGGUGAACGGAAAUCGAAUUCAUGUAUCCACCUUUGUGCGGCGCUAAAUUGGCACCAGCGACCAGACUUGGCGGUGCUCGCUCUUCUCUUUCAGCAAGUAUGUCCACGGAUUACAAGUCAUAUGGUUUUCGCUGAGCUUUUCCCCGUAUAUUGUGUCAAAGACUCGCCCGUCUCCGGUGCCUGCUGACGGUGAUGUCUUCACACGAGUUAUGUAGACGUCUUCUGGAUGUCUCCCACAGUACGUCGUCAAUCCAUCUUUUGGAUCGUCCAGUGGAGGCGCUCGUUAUCAUUGUGAGCUGGUAGCAGAGGAAAUCGUAGUACUUAGAGAUAGAUAAAAAAGUGUCACGCGUCACAGUCUGCUUGGUACAACGACUGUUAUUGUUUCGUCGUUCUGUUACACAGGUUGUAAGGUCUCAUCCAUCUUGUCAUAUGCUACCCCGAGGUUGUGACGAAACUGCGCAGUUCCGUCGCCUACCUUCUCGAACGAACAAACGAUCAUGUUGAUAGGACUUUCAGGUGUAUGUGUGAGCGCACCUAAGGUGGCCGAAGUGGUGUUUGAGUAGUCUUUUUACGGGCGGGACAUGCAAAGACUUCAAGACAUGUCAUGAACUGAUACGGUGCAUGUAGGCAUGGAGUCGCUGUUGUGUUCUGUAUGUUGCCUCGUAACUGUUGAAUGGGGAUCUGAUGCGGUGGCUUG